UUCCAAUUCCAUUCAUUCCAUCAGUGAGUCACAGGUGAGAAGGGGGAGUUGUGGCGCUGCUCAGUCCAGGUGGCUGGCAGGUGCUGGCGUUACUCACACUCUUGCAACCUUGUGUUACUGACUUAAAAUCAUGUCACCUAGUGCUACAUGCAAACUUCAAGAGACAUAUGCUCCUCCUGACAGUAAGAGAAAGGAAGGCAGACGCCAGCAAUGCCUCACACUUGGUUAGUGUGAGGAGAGAGGCAGGCAGGUGGUCAGCAACAAGAGGACCCGUGUCAAGAUGGCAGUAGAUGAUGAGGAACCACUGACACACAAGGACCAGAGUGAGGGGCAAAAUGAGGUGAGGCAGUCUGGAGGACCAGCCAGCAUAGAGACCAUAUUGACAUCAGCUUUGCACAAACGUGCUGCCAAGAAACUUGGAAAGAAAUUAGGUAAAAGCAAGAAAAGUCAUUUAGAUUCUAAAGAGGAGCAUCAUGAGGGCAACACCAACAAGAAGAAGAAAAAGAGCAAGACAGUUAAGGGAACUGAAAUACAUGAGAAUCUGGAGCUUAAAGGAAGUGAGUACAGUGAGGAAAGUAAGAAGAAAGAAGAGAUCAUCACAGAGCAUUUUGGGGAAAAUGUAGCAGAAGAUGGGAGGAAAAAAGAUGAAGAUGAAAGUGAAGGAGAGGAGCAUGCCAAGGCAGUAUCCAAGGCAGACGAAGAAGUGGCCUCCCCUACCAGGGCAUACCUCAGGGCUGUGUCGGUGCCAAAGAAAAAAACAUUGAGGAAACACAAGACCACUCAAGAUAAUGGGCGGGUGUUGGGUGUCACAAUCCACAGUGCUGAUCGGCUUGAAGGGUCCCUGCUACUGUUCCCACAUCCUGUUGUUCAGGUGUACAUCUGCAACAUGGACACAGGGCAGUUUUUACAGAAAUCAUCGCCAGAGCGGAAAGUAACAUCCUAUUAUGAGAGAAGUGAAGUGGACUACAUCCUUCCCAUCAUGACCAGUCCCUUUGACAUCAAAAAGGCCAGAAGCACAUACUGCCGAUGGGAGGAGCAGUUGGUCUUUAAUGAACCACCAGAGCACUUCACCUCAGAUGACCCCCAAGUGUUGGUGUUCUUUCAACUGAUGGAUUUCCCACCCUCAGUUGACAAUAGUCCUGGCAUUCCCGAGAGUACAACCAGAGACUGGGUAACCUUUGCCUGGGCCUUCCUGAAGGUCAAAGGCACCAAUGGUCAUGUCAAUAUUGGAGAGCAGUUGAGGUUACAGAUGUGGAGGCCAAGACGUUCCUCCAAGGUGAGCCUCAAAGACCUUCACAGCUGGUGGAAGAGUGGCAGCAGAACCAAGUACCCAUCCACCCUGCAUGUCACCCUGCAGGAAGUGGUCAUCCCUCUCAACCCACAGCCAACCCUCAGAUCCAUGAUAGCAACCCAAGCAGAAGGAAUACCAUUUGACCUGGCACACUCCCUGGAACAUUCCUCCCCAGUAGGGUCAAGUGGCAGCUUAGCACACGCAGUACACAAGCCAGUGGUUGUUUGGGGCCGCAAACCCAACCAGUCCUGUAGAAUUGGCAGCUUUGUCAAGUACUGUUUUCCUCAUUCUGAAAAAGGAUGUCUUGUUGUCAAGUUCUCACAUGAUGGUCUCAGAAUUGCAUGUGGCAAUCACAAAGAAGUAUUUAUAUAUGAUGUACUGGCUGGUCACCUAGAGCAAGCAUUAUGUGGUCAUCUUGGGCUUAUUUAUGAUAUAUGCUGGAGCAUAGAUGACACCCACAUCCUUACUGCCUCAGCUGACUCAACUGCAAGAAUAUGGAAAUUGGGAAGUGCAGAAAUACAUAGCCAAAGUGAAGUAUUGGCACAUCCUUCUUAUGUUUAUGUUGCUCGAUUUGUUCCUGGUACAGUCCAUGUAGUAGUGAGUGGCUGCUAUGACCAUGUGCUCAGAGUCUGGACAUGUAGUAAGAAAGGAAGCUACUCAAUUUUGCAAGAGAUAACUAAUCAUCUUUCCUUUAUUAAUGCAUUGUGCUUUAAUGGUGAAGGGGAUGUUCUGUACUCUGGAGACAAACAAGGAAUGAUUUUUGUGUGGAAUGUGAAAAUCUCCCCUAAAGAUAAAAGUAAAAGAAAGGCCAAGAUACUUAGUCUUAAACAUGAGGCUAAAGUUCCAGACAUUGUUGGAAAUAUAAUUAAUUCCAUUACCGCUCAUCCCGGUGGCUUCCGUUUAUUGGUUCACACAAGGGACAGUCAGUUGAGGCUUGUCAAUCAUCAACACUGGACAGUGACUCACAACCUUCGUGGUGCUCUCAACGUGCGUGAACAGCUGCGGAGCUGCAUCAGCCCCUGUGGAACGUGGGUGGUCUCUGGAAGUGAAGAUGGAGGACUCUUUGUGUGGAAUUCAGACACAGGAGAGAUGGCUGCAUCAGUGAUGGACCUGCCAUUAUAUGGAACUGUUUCCUGUGCGGACUUCCAUCCUCAUGACCACAUGGUGGCAGUCUGCUCUUAUUCUAGUGAAUCUCCUGUCUUAAUUUUAGCUCAUGCACCAAAUGCACCACCAAAUACAAAUCUGUCAAUCUCAGUUGAAGCAUCUUCAACAAGGAAUCACUACAGCUCCUUGAGAAUCUCAAGUCCACAGCAGUCAGUGUUGCAAGGACUGGAUGCUUACAAGACAGUUACAAGCAGGACAUCAGUCACAGUGGAGAAAAUUCACAAAAUUUCUCAAGAACACAAUAUGCUGUCAUUAGGCAACUGCAAUUCAACCUUUUGCUUUUCAUCAGAAGAAAAGGAAAAUUCACUCUUUACAAUGAAGAUUCACGAGUCAAAAAGUGGGCAACACUUCAUGAUGGCUCGAGAAGAUGCCAUUCUCAAAAAGCUGGACUCCGUGCUAAAGAUGGCCACUGAGGAGCCACUCAACUUUACUAUGGACAGCAGCAGGAAAAGAAGUGAAGGUUUCAUCGCCCAGGGCCAUCUGGCCACAGUUUUGUAUGACUACACAGGCUCUGACAAGAGAGAGCUCUCACUUAGACAAGGAGACUUUGUGUUAGUAGUGCAGGAGAUCAAUGCUGACUGGUGGCUGGUGCAGACAGCUGAUGGGAGGUCCACUGGCCUGGUUCCAGCACCUUACCUCAACAAGCUGCCUCACAGAAACCAGGAAACAGAAAAAAUUGAAGAACCUGGAAAGGUUCUAGUGGUUCCCUCAGCCCAUGGAGACAUUAGUUUUCUGUCAGACAGUGAAGAUGCCCCUCGGCCAGCUCGUGCUCGCAGGCACAAAUCAAGGGCUUCCUCCAUUUUCUCAUCAGGAACAAGGAAAGAAGAGACAUAGCUGCACUGCAGAGACCAGACAAGAGUCUAACCCUGGAAAUGGUAAUGACUUUCAGUGUGCCUUCACAAUCCAAUGGCCUUAAUUUUUUGGUAGCAAAACUUCUAGUGGUUGAAUAAUAUAUAUAUAUAUAUAUAUAUAUAUAUAUAUAUAUAUAUAUAUAUAUAUAUAUAUAUAUAUAUAUAUAUAUAUAUAUAAGCUACUGUGGCAGGAUAAAGCUAAGAAAUACUUAUGUGCCAUAUACAGCUUACAAGACUGAAGCUGCUACCAGAGCACUGCCAAGUUUAAUAUUUUUUGCCUUGAAUAUCCAUGGAUUUUGUAUCACAAAGAGUAAUAGAAAAUCUUCUUAGAAGAGGUGCUAAUUUUUCUUGGAAUCUCAGUUGUAAUGCCAAAAAUGAGGAAGAAUGAGAUAAAUUCAUGAAACUGGGACUCUUUCAGCAGCAUUUAACAACAUAGGAAAAUGUUGAGAUGUGAUGUGUGGAAAGGAGGGAACCCAAAUUGAGGAAUUCUGUACUUGAUCACAAAAUUGUGGUUAUGGUUUGAAUAAUAAGCUGAGGCAGAGUUGAUGGAAAGUGAUUAUGAGGAAUAGGCCUUACUGAAGAGAUCCUUUAUUUGUCAAGCUCUCUUUUCCAGAAAACAGAAAUGGUUUUGAUUUUUAUUUGAAAGUUCCUACUUGAAAGGCUGAUAAGAUGCCCUUGUUUUGCUGAUGUGCCCUUGUUGUUUUAUUGAUAUCUAUUGUUUUAGUUCAGCUAGAAGUGUUACGACCUAUCCACACUAUCAAGCAGUGCCUGAUGGACAUUGGUCACUGAAUGCGUUUCUCUCACUUCUCAAUCGAUUACAUACUAGAUUAGGUAAAGGUGAAAAUCUUACAUAUUAGACAGUUCAGCAGGCUUUGCCCUCACCAAACAGUCUACCUGUGGUACACUUUUCUACAUUGCUGUGUGAUGGUGAUUCAGUCAGGCAGUUCACGUUUUUUAGUAGGCAACAGUCUUUAAUCACAAAGCUGUCCUACGAAGUCUUACCUACGAAAUAUGUCAUAUUCUUAUCAUAAACUUUGCAUGUCUGAAAGAAAUCUGCACUGGAUAUUAAGACAAGGUCCACUCAGUCUCAGCAGCAUAUGACAUGUUUUCACUUCCAGGAUGGCUACACCAGCAACAUAUUCACUCCAGGAAUGAUUUACCCAACCAGUAUUCUUUUUGUCUCAUCUAAUGAGGGAAACCUUACAGUGAUAGAAAGGAUAAGUUCUCUUACCCAUGAAAGUGAGGUAAUCAUAAUGCUUAAACAUCUUGAUGCUAGAAAAAAAUGUGGGAAAAAUGCACUUGUGCAGUAGUAAUGACCAUGGCAGUUGUUGAGAGCCAUCCUUGUUCCUAAACUUCAAAUCUUGUUUACAUUGAGGUGCUCCUACAUGGUCAUAUUGACCAUAUUUUAAAGAUUACCCACUGUAUCUCUUCCCCCUAUGCAUAAAAACUAAGGAAAUAGUAGUAAUAAACAGCAACUUUUCAUCUUUCAAUAUUUGAAAUAAAGUAAACAGAGUAAAGCAGACAAGUUAUGGUAGACAUAGUUAUGACAUAUGACUAUGAUGGAUGUCCUAAGUUUUUAUAUGCACUGGGUUAGAUGGAUAAUAAGGUGUGAGCACAGCCUGACCAUGCCAUCGUUUCCAUAUUUCUAAUGUCAUCUACAUGCCUGCAUUCAUCCUCCCAGCUUGUGCAUUGAAGUGUGAUAGUGUUUGCAGGUUGACCACUGCCUGAUAGUGUGGAAAGACAUUUAGGUGGCUCAGAAUAUGGUUGCAUAUUAGAAGAGUAGGAGCAGCAGAGUGCAGAGUUGCUUUGUGUGUGUGUGCACAAUGUUCUAGUGGAAAUUUGAAAAGCUAGUCAAAGAUAAGUGAUAGUGAACACAGUCAAUAUAGAGUAGUGUUGUAAUUUUCCUCAUGGUUUUGGCAUACCAUGCCUCACCCAUUGCACUUACCUCAUUAAAUUCCAAAGUAUUCUUGCUAUAAAAGCUGUUUAACUAUCAGGGAUAGCUACUGAAUGGAAUUUUUAGAUGGUAUGUAUUAUGCCCAAACUUGAUUAAGAUCAAGCACAGUCACAUUCCUGGAAUGAAUACCAAUUUUCAAAGGACAAUCUGGAUAUACUAGAAAAAUGCCAGCUAGAUGAUGCCCAACUGUUUGGUUAAUACAAUGGUUGUGAUGAUGAUGGCAAUAUUGUUUGGUUAAUGUGAUGGAUGUGAUGACAGUAGCCCAACUGUUUGGUUAAUGUGAUGAUAGAAUCUAGUAAUGCCACAGUACCAAUCCAUAUUAUAUGAGCAUGAUGGGAACUGAGGCAUGUAAUAAACUUUGCCCAUAAUACAAAGUGCUUACAGUAUGCUAUCGUGUGCACAAAAUGUGGUGAUUAAGUGCCUAAUAUGCUGUCUAUAACUUAAUAGUUGUGGUAUAUAUAUACUCAGGGUCCACCUAGUAAGUCCAAGGUUAUGAAAUCAAACAGGCUACUUGAAAACAAUUGUUUUUAAUUCAUGUGAAAUUAAUAUCUACAGAUUAUACAGACCAAAAAGAUAUGUACAUUUAGUCCUAUGUCUAGUCCCUAUGUACAACAUUACAUAUUAUGUAAUAGGCAAGUGAUAAAUAAUAGUACCUGAGAAA